AUGGCAAGAAAACGAGAAGUAAAUCUUUUCUCACAAUUGAACAAUGAUAUGGAAUUCAAUGAAUUUCUAACAAGUAAAGGAUUGGUUGGUGAGAGCACCAAACGAAAUUAUCAUUUAAAUUUUCUGAUAAAUUCUCAUUUAACAGUUCUCGACGUGUAUCAUGAAUUAGUAGGGCCAUGUCUUACUUUGCGUCCAAUAAUGGAAAAAAUUAAGAAAGGAAAAGUUUUAGACAUCGUUUAUGGUGCGAAUAUUCCAAAAAUCAAAGCAGCCUUCACGAAGUAUUUACAUAUUGUAGAAGAAGAACAUCGAGAAUUAUACGAUUUUGAUGAGAUGAUACCAUCGGAAGUCCAUGCAUUGAAGAUCCAACGAGAUUUGAAAGAAGAAGAAAAUCGGGAAAUUUGGGCACAAGCUGAAAAAGAUCGAGUAGAGAUGCUCGACAAAAUAAUUACGUUAAUGAAAGAUUCUGCAUCCGACAUGGGUCUCACUUUGUUUAUGCCACAUGUUGCUGAUGUUGGUUUUAAAAAGACAUCAGAAAUUGCACGAUGGAUGUUAAUGACUCCAAAAGGUCGAACAUUUAUACAACUUCAGCCAAAUAUGAUGCCAAAUUUUUGUCACCAACUUGACAACCCAAUCGAUGAAAAUAUUUUAAAUUAUUUGUAUGGAAAAGAUAUUUUGGCAGUUUUAUGGGCAACUGAUCCACGAGCUUCAACUGAAAAUGUUCUUCACGAGUUCAUUUGUAAAGUUACAGAACCCCAGCUGAAAGAAAUAGAAGAAGAUGGAGAAAUUAUAGUAACAGAUGAGUUAGAACCGAGUGUUCUUGAACCAUUAAUAAUUUAUUUGGAUGAAGUUAAUGAAGCACCACAAAAUUCUAGUAUAACCGAUGUUAAUCGUGAAAGUCGUAAUACAAUUUCUGAAUUAGAUUAUUCAAAUCGUUCUUCAAGUAUGACAAUAGUUGAACCAACAAAAAUAUCUUCUUUGAAUAUAAAUGAAGAUGAUAACAGAUCACUUGUGAUUCCACCUGUUUGGACUCCAAAAAAUCAAGAAGGAAACGCAGUUCUAAUGUCCACAUUUUUUCGAAGCCAUUUUGAUCAUAUAUUACCUCCUCUCAAGCAUGUUGAACCUCCACAGUUGCUAAUGAUUCUUCCAGCUAAAAAUCAUCUUGCAAUACAUGAAUUAUGUAGUCAAAAUCCGAAUCAGCUACUGGCUUACGGCUAUUUUACUGGUGAUAGACCUGAACAGCUAAAAUUAAUAUGCAAAAGUCAGGAAAAGUUUGAACAAUUGAAAAGAACUGGAUUCGAAAAUGUUGUUAUGAAAAUUGCUGAAAACAUCGGUCAUCUAGCACUACAUUUAAUGGAAUUUAAUCCAAUUUUCAUAAGUCACAAUGCUACAACUGGAAUCAAGGAUUGCGAAAAAGUUUUCAACGAAGCAUUUAAUGAGUUCAGUGAUAAAAUCGAAAAAAAGAAAUGA